AUGGUCGCCGACUGCAAAACCGACGGCAGCUCCGCGAUGGACGCCCUCCUCCUCGAACUGUUUGACGCCACCGGAGGUAUGAAGCCCGCGACGCUGGCUGACCGAUGCCGACGCAGCAAGCUCUGCGCCCAGGCCGGCCCACGGCCCGUCCAUGUCCUCGUCUUCUGGAAAGUAAACCUCGUCCACAAAGUCGGCAUCGUCAAACUCGUCGUCGUAAAAGUCGAUGAGGCUCGCGGCGGGCCUUCUCCUCCGGCUAAGCCCGCCACGGAGGCUGCCUUCCAUCAUGGCGGCGUUGCCGACGGCUUGGCUGAUCCCGUUGAUUAUAUGUGCAUGCUCGAUGGCCCCGUCGCUGGCACUGCUGGUGCUCCUGGUGCUGCUACUGCUGCCGCCGUUGCUACUGCUGGAGGAGCUCCUGCUGUAGCUGGAGGUCACGGAGCCGGUGCUCUCCGGACUGCAGCUGCCUGCCUUUGA